AUGAAACAGUUUCGAGAUACAAUUAAAGAAGCAGGUGCCGUUGACUUUGAACGUUAUCCUGUUUGUGUUACAUUUAGAUGGGGGAUUAUAUUUGGAACUUCAAAAGGAUACUUAGUGCUCUUUGCUGAGAUAAAAAUACUCUUGGAAUCCACCUACUUACAAAAUCAAAACGCUUCCAUUACUGAAGAAGCGAUUUAG